CCUCAUGCGUACCCUACUGCACUAGCAGUCAGAUGUGCGCCCGCGCAGUUCGUCUCUUUACGCUGUGGCGCGUGAGUAGGUCGAAGAGGUCUAAGAUAAUAAAAACUAGAGUGUUGAAAUUUUUCCAAUAAAAUGAAGGCGUUUUUAAUUCUAGCUAUUUUUGCUUUGGUGUUCCAUCCAAGCUGCAGCCGACCCUCAGAAUCUGAGGAGUCCGUGGUGAGCGUGUACACCACACAAGCUACAACCGCCGGCCCUGGGAAACCCUUCGACGUUUACCACCAGAUAGCUAACAAUAUUGCUGAGAGGAUCACCUCACCUAUUUACAGAUUUCUGGGCUACGAUAAAAACAAAACUGAAGAAGCGACUACCAAGAAACCGUGGAGUAAAAUCGAACUAUUAGACGAGAUUGCUGAAGAAGUGACCGACGCAGACAUUUCUCCAGUCGACAACGACAUAUCAACUGAUGAAGAAGUUGAAGAACUUUCCUUUGACGCUCUGAAGAAGAUACAGAAAAUACCGGAGAAGAUCGUUUUGUAUUCGAACUAUUUGCCAGUGAAAGGGAAUUUGGAGGUUAACGAUACUGUCACUGAUGAUGAAGAUCCUUUUGAAUUUAAUGAUGACGACUAUGAGAAACCUAGGCAGAAUCAGUUCUUGUAUGUUUUAGAGGUUUUGGGCAGUCUUUUUCAGUUUGUUUGGGGCAGUAUAGUGUCAUAUUUUAAGCCUUCGACGAACAGCAAUCCAGAAUAGAAUUCAAUGCUGGUAUAUAUUUAUUUGCAUGCUAUAUAAAUAUUUAGUCAUACUUACGUUAUUAUAAUUUAAAACAGUACAUUAAUUAAUAUAUUUUAACUUCAGAGCCAGGAGGCUCAAAAGUAUAAAAUGCCAUAUUUGGAAAGAGAAAAUUUUUUGACAAGGCUACUUUCAAAUACUGAAUUAUUUUUUUUUAAUUAAUGAGAUAGGAUGUACUUAAUAAAACGUGAAGUUUUAAUUUCCUAAUUUAGAAAUUGAUACGUCCUGUUUGUGUUUAGACACCUUUUGAAAUGGUCUGCUAGCAUUGAAAUUAUGAUAUUCACUAGAUUAUUCUCACUAUAUUUUUAUCAUAAAAUCAGUGUUUUUUUUACGAAGACUAUUAAUAAUAUUAAUGGUAAAUACUAUUAUUGGCUGGUGCAGUAAAAAUCUAAUUUUAUUUAUCCUUACUAAUAAUGUAAAUGCUAUUGUGUGUCUGUCUAUACGCUUUCACAGGCUGCUAAAUCAACUUUGAUGAUAGUCUGAAGUCUCGGGGAGUCCAUGUUGGCAACAGCUAAUAGUACGGUCGACCGUAUAUCACGUUACCCUGAAAAUAUCUUUAUUCCGAAUUUACAAUGACCUUGGGUGAGUUAAUAAGCGGUAGACUGUACGUAAAUAAAAUUUUGUGACUAUUUAAUAUUUAUUUUAAUAUUUUUAUCCAAA